ACAUAAAAGCUUCCACAGCCGGCCUAGGCGACAUGACACACCUUCUUUUCUCUCCGGCUUCCCCGCCCCUUCUGGCCCGCCUCCCCUUAGUCAUACAAGAAGCGCCUCAGUUCCGAUUGGCCAGGAUGUGAUGCUCUCUCGACCAAUCGUAGUCCAAGCUGUGCUUUGAUCCGUUCAAGACGACGAACCCUGUAGAGACCACGUCUACGAUUGGUCGCUCCUCGGCAAAGAUUGAAUUUUGAAAUUUUCUUUAUGGUGUGGAAGAGGCUUAGGCUCGAACUUCGUCUAACCCCCAGGCUCUUAGACUAAAAUCAUGCCCAAGUUCAAACAGCGAAGAAGAAAGCUAAAAGCCAAAGCCAAAUGGUUGUUUAAGAAGAAAGAGGCCUCUCAGGUCCAGCCUCGGUUACUGACACCUCCCCCUCUUCCACCCACACCAGAGAGAGUGGUUACUUCUUCAACAGAUAUUCCCCAAAGCAGAAACUGGCUAAGACCAUCUUGGAACUUCAGAUUUCCUAACAUCAAAGAUGCAAUAAACCUUUGGACAAAUAGAGCAUGGUGCAUAUACAGUUGCUGUCAGACCUGUGUAGCCCAGAGUUUAGAAGUAUUGAAAGAUGCCAUCUUCCCAUCCCGAGUCUACCACAGAGAACUUCAUGAUCUAAAACAACAACUGUGUGUUUUGAAAAGUGAAUUGUGCAAGCUCCAAGAAAACCUAAAGAGCACCUCAAAAGACUCAUCCGGUUCAAGCUGCUGUCACCCAUGCUGCCUGAGAGAUAAACUUACAACUGUGCCUGCCUGUGCUGCAGCAACACAUGGAGAAUCCCAAACUGCACUUCCUCGGAUACAACCACAGCCACAGCCAGCCAGUCCCCCUCCUCCUCCCCCACCCCCUCCUCCUCCCCCUCCCCCUCUCCCUCCACCUCCGCCACCGCUAGCACCUUUGCUGCUCAGAAAAUCUGGUACCACUAAAGUACUUCGGGUUGAACCAUUAAAGAAAGAUGGACCUAUGCAUAUAACAGUUAAAGAUCUACUCAAUGUGAAACUAAAAAAGACACAGAGUAUUGAUGGAAGGAAGAAGUUUGUACCACCACCACCACCAGUGGAACGGACUCCGCUAGUUACUGUCUCUGAUCUGCAGCGUGUUACUCUGAAACCUAACUCUGGGGUGUCAGCAACUCGAAUUAAAAAUGUUUUAAUUACUCCUGGUAAAAGUCAAAUCGAUCUCCGGAAACUGCUGAGAAAAGUCCAGGUGGAAAGGAGCCCAGGUGGGACCCCUCUAAACAACAAAGAAAACAUGGAAACAGGGACUGGACUCACUCCAAUCAUGACUCGGGCCUUAAGGAGAAAGUUUCAGCAUUCCUCUACACUGGGGCAUCAAACCUUCACAGGACCAAGGGCCUCUCCUCCCAUUAAUGCCAGUGCUGAAUCUGUGAAGAGGAGCCAUCUCCUGCUCCCCUGCUGGGAUGCUGGACUUGUGGCUUUGAACACUCUAGUUCCUUCUUCCUGUGGAGCAGAAGCACCACAGCCUCACAGGGCCUGGCUCAUCCUCAAAGCCCUACCCAAUCUUUGCCACUGUCUACAAGCAGCUUUGAUGAACAAAACUGAGAGCAACUUGGCCUGACUCCUUGGAGUGAUACAAUGACAGACCAACCCUCCCAAAUGUUAAUGUACUAAAAUAUGUAUAACUGUAUGAGUAUAA